ACCAUCUGAUGUUGGAAUUACUGAACCAACAGCAGAAGCUGAAAAAUCAAUUCAUAAAAACUGAUGGCGUUAGAGCCUGGUAUGAUAUGUCAGGCAGCCCCGUAGAGCCUUUCAUUAUUGGUAUAGGCGGUGGUACUGCAUCGGGUAAAACAUUCGUAGCACAUGAGAUAGUUAAACGCUUAAAGAAUGUACAAUCUAUCGCUAUCAUCUCUCAAGAUAGCUUCUACGGAGAGAGAACACCAGAAGAAAUUGAACUGGCUCAUAAGAAUAUGUACGACUUCGAUUCCCCUCAAGCUAUCGAUAUGAGUUUGUUCACUUCCGUUCUGCAUGAUAUCAAAAAGUGCAGAGCAGUGCAGUUGCCAAACUACUCUUUCGUUACUCACUCACGUCUCCCUCAAUCUACAUAUCUCUACGGUGCGAGAGUCGUCAUAGUGGAAGGAAUUCUCGUCCUUACUGAUCCAGCACUGAGGGAUUUAUUCGACAUGAAAGUAUUCGUACAAUGCGAUUCAGAUGUCAUGUUAGCAAGACGUAUUAAAAGAGACGUUGUUGAAAGAGGUAGGGAUGUCGACGGCGUUCUCAAUCAAUUCCUUAAAUGGGUAAAACCAUCUUUUGAAAACUUCGUCCUGCCAUCAUCAAGGCAUGCCGACAUAAUUGUUCCUGGUGCAGCCAACUCUGUGGCUGUAGACCUAAUCGUCACACAUCUCAAGCAGCAGCUCACACAACGCUCUCGUUUCCUUCGUAAGGCUCUGUCUACUGCCUCACCAAGCUGUUCGGAUUUACCUCCAAAUGUGAAGAUCAUUGAACAGACUGCGACACGUAACGCACUACUUACCAUACUACGCGAUUUGGGCACUUCACGAACGAGGUUCGUCGAGACCGUUGACAGGCUUGCCGCACAUAUCGCCCAAGAAGUCUUUACCUUCCUUCCUCAUAGAUCACGCACUGUUACAACUCCAGUGUCCGCAGAAUAUGAAGGCAAAAAGCUUGACACAGAUAAUCUCUGUGCAGUUUCCAUUCAGAGAUCAGGAAGCUUGUUUAAUCACGGUUUACGUAGAAUAUUUCCGGCUGUUGCACUCGGUUCAGUGCUUAUCCAACACGACGAUGCUAGCGGUGAACCAGCACUUUACCACCAUUCACUCCCACAAUCAGUGAAAGACCCUAAGACAUCAUCACAAACAUGGGUUUUGAUUACUGACGCUCAGAUUGGUACAGGCGCAGCUGCUUUCAUGGCAAUUAGAGUCUUGCUCGAUCAUGGCGUUCAAGAGAAACAUAUCAUUUUCCUCUCAUUUUUGGUAGCUAGACGCGGUGGUGUUCACGCUAUAAAUUCUGCUUUCCCAGAUAUCAAAAUCUUGACAGCAGCUGCAGAUCCUCUCCUCCGUGAGGUUGAGGUUCCGAUAAGCCAUGGAGAUUCCGCACAAGUACCUCAUCACCAAGGUGAGAAGGUCGAUGGUAGAAGAACAAGUGUUAUUAGCUUAGAACAGCCUGCACGUAAGAAAUACUGGCAGAUCGUACCUGGAAUGGGCAACGUAGGUGACAGAUAUUAUGGUACCAAUUAAUUUCUAUUCAUUAUGGACUUACAAUAAUUUCUCUUUACCAAUGCAUUGAUAUUUUCAUUACAGAUACAGAUUCACUUAACGGGAUAUACAUUCAGAUCGUUAGUGUUGAAACCCUGAUGGAUGUUAUCGAAACAAAUGUCGCACCAAUAUGUUGAAUUCUCGGCACCCAGUCUGUCUUUAUAUGUGACUAGAGCUGCUUGCUUCUUAUCGCAAAUUCCACAGAUUGGUUUCUGAGUCCUAUCAAGCUUACUAAACUUGUAACGGGGUAAUGUCUCUCGGGUACCCUUCAACCUGUGUCUUCUUAAUAAAGGAUUGUGGGAAAUGUAAUACGUACCGUACGCCAGUUAUUUGGAGGGCAUGCUCACAGCCACCAGAGUGAACCAUCCAACCAAAUCGACCGGUACGUAUGGGAAGCUCUCCCAGUGGAACGUUUUCGAUGGAUUUGGUUGAAAUAUCUCUAAGCGAUAAUUGUUUAACAGAUUCUUCAUAAGUCUCCCAACCCUCUUUGCGUUUAUCAAGAUAGGCGACCGCCUCAAAGACAAAACAACUGCUUUUAUUUGAAGAUGCAUAGGGUGCUCCAUCCGCCUCGCAUUUUAGCUUAUCACGAAGAUGUCCUAAUGUAUGUUUCGAACUAAGGAGAACAACAUCUGUGCGUUCAAGUAUACCAUUCAAAGUUGGCACUUUAGAUUCUACUUCAAUUACAACAGUUGAAUAGUCCCAAUUUUUACCUCGUGCAUCUAUACUUUGAGUUUCUGCAGCGUUUACAUCCCCUUCAUCUGUAUUCCUCAUGUAAUAUUCCGUCAUACUGUCAUGUCUAGAUUGUGUUAGCAAACACGCAGAAAGAAAAAACACGGAAAAAAUAGCAUACUCACUGAAAGCAUCUCUGGGGUGGUUCAAAAAUGUCUUUUAUUUCAUUUGCUUUGUCAAUUGUCUUUGGUUUCCGCCUAUUCUUGUAUCUAUCGCUAUGAUCCUUAAUUGAUUGUAAUAAAGGGGGUGACGAGAGCAUCUCAUCAUCUUCUUUGCGUAUAUUCUCGAUAUGUUGAUUGAUUAUAUCCUCAUUUAUGUCAUUAUCAAUAGUUGGUUUAUUCAAACUACGAGCGUGGUUGAUAAAACUGUCUAUAUCAAUAGCCUGACUGGAUGGACCAUAGCUAUUCUUCUCAUUGAAUGUGGGUAGGUGUCUGUAGAAUCUGUUUAUCAUUUCAUUUGUUGCUUUCUAACGAUGACGACGUGAGCGUUUGGAAU